GAACUGAAGAAGGGGAAAACGGUUGUGGCAUUUUGGUAAUUUAGGGUGAGGUAAUGGUGAUGGUAGUUUGAAGCAGGAGAGUGAAGGAGAUCAGAGGCAUUGUUGAGUAGCGAGAAGAAAGAAAGCAAAGCAGAGGAGAAGAGUGAAGGAGAGAUCUGAGUGAGGAUGGCGUCAGGAUGGGGAAUCAAUGGGAACAAAGGUCGUUGCUAUGAUUUCUGGAUUGACUUCAGCGAAUGCAUGUCUCGCUGCCGUGAGCCCAAGGACUGUGAGCUCCUCCGCGAGGACUACCUCGAAUGCCUCCAUCACUCCAAAGAGUUUCGACGAAGAAACAGGAUUUACAAGGAAGAACAGCGCAAAAUAAGAGCUGCUGCUAGGAAAGAUAAGGAGGAUGAGGCUGUUAAAGGACAUCAUUAGCACUCAAUCAGUUAUCAGUUUAAGCUUUUGAAUAAGUAUUAUGAUAAAACAGUGUAAUUUUUUCUUGGAUCGGUGUUCCUGCAAGUUCAGUGUGCCCUUCUUUUUAUCCCUUCAACAUUGUGGGCAUCGUUUUUGUGUGGAAUAAUUGAAAGGUCGACUUCGGACUGCAAAUUAAACUA